AUGUUGGUCGACAGACCCAGCGGACAAAGAGCCUGGCGCCUGCUUCCCUUGCUUCUGCUCUUCGCAGCCUGGAAGGCGGGGAGCGGUCAGCUCCACUACUCGGUCCUGGAGGAAUCCAAACACGGCACCUUCGUGGGCCGCAUCGCGCAGGACUUGGGGCUGGAGCUGGCGGAGCUGGUGCCACGCCUUUUCCGACUGACGUCCAAAGGUCUCGGGGAUCUUCUGGAGGUAAAUCUGCAAAACGGUAUUUUGUUUGUGAAUGGUCGGAUCGACCGGGAGGAGCUGUGUGGGCGGAGCGCGGAGUGCAGCAUCCACCUGGAGGUGAUCGUGGACAGGCCGCUGCAGGUUUUCCAUGUGGAGGUGGAGGUGAAGGACAUUAACGACAACCCGCCGGUCUUCUCAGUCUCAGAACAAAAGCUUUCAAUACCCGAAUCUCGACAGCUUGACUCUCGAUUUCCGCUAGAAGGCGCAUCUGAUGCGGAUGUUGGAGAGAAUGCAGUGCUUACUUACAGACUCAGUCCAAAUGAGUUUUUCAUUCUUGAUAUUAUAAACAAAAAAGAUAAAGGCAAAUUCCCAGUGCUUGUUCUAGAAAAAAUGCUGGAUCGUGAAGAAAAUCCUCAGCUUCAGUUAUUAUUAACGGCAACUGAUGGAGGCAAACCGGAAUAUACCGGAACUGUUACUCUGCUGAUAUUGGUGUUGGAUGCCAAUGAUAAUGCGCCUAUGUGUGACCGAUCCGUUUAUGAAGUUAAAAUGUAUGAAAAUUCAGCGAACCAAACGUUAGUAAUAUGGCUGAACGCGUCUGAUGCGGAUGAAGGAAUAAACAAAGAAAUGAUAUAUUCAUUUAGUGCUUUGGUUCCGUCCAGUGUAAGAAAGAAAUUUCUAAUGAAUGAAAAAACGGGAGAAAUACGAGUAAAUGAUGCUAUUGACUUUGAGGAGAGUAACACUUAUGAAAUUCAUGUAGAUGUUACAGAUAAAGGAAACCUACCUAUGGUUGGUCACUGCACUGUCCUAGUGGAAAUUCUGGAUGAAAAUGAUAAUUCCCCUGAGGUGGUGAUCACUUCUUUGGCACUCCCGGUGCGAGAAGAUGCUCAGGUGGGCACUGUCAUCGCUCUGAUCAGCGUGUCCGACCGUGAUUCUGGGAUCAGUGGGCAGGUGACAUGCUCACUAACACCCCAAGUCCCUUUCAAGCUGGUGUCCACCUUCAAGAAUUACUAUUCGCUGGUGCUGGACAGCGCUCUGGACCGAGAGAAAACUCCAGAACUUAAUUUGCUACUGACAGCUGUAGAUGGAGGAAAACCAGAGCUCACUGGCACCGUUCGGCUUUUCAUCCAUGUCUUGGAUAUUAACGACAAUGAUCCGGAAUUUGAGCAAUCAGAAUACAAGGUGAGAUUGAUGGAAAAUGCAGCUAAAGAAACUUUUGUGAUAAAGCUAAACGCCACAGAUCGAGAUGAAGGAGUCAAUGGAGAGGUAACAUACUCCUUGAUGUCAGUUAAGCCCAAUGGAAAACUCUUAUUUACACUAGAUGAAAAUAGUGGAGAAGUGAGAGUCAAUGGAACUUUAGAUUAUGAAGAAAACAAGUUUUAUGAAAUCGAAGUACAGGCCACAGAUAAAGGGAAUCCUCCGAUGGCAGGUCACUGUACAGUCUGGGUAGAGAUCUUAGAUGCCAAUGAUAAUGCUCCUGAAGUCACCGUGACUUCCCUGUCUCUCCCAGUACGAGAGGACACUCUGCCUAGCACGGUCAUUGCACUCAUCAGUGUAUCUGACCCUGACUCCGGAGCCAACGGACAAGUGAUCUGUUCUCUAACGUCCAACGUCCCUUUCAAGAUCAUGUCUACGUUCAAGAACUAUUAUUCGCUAGUGCUGGACAGCCUCACGCUGCUGCUGUACACGGCGCUGCGGUGCUCGGCGCCGCCCCGCGAGGGCGCGUGCGGGCCUGCGAAGCCGGCGCUGGUGUGCUCGAGCGCCGUGGGGAGCUGGUCGUGCUCGCAGCAGAGGCGGCAGAGGGUGUGCUCUGGGGAGGGCGCGCCCAAGGCCGACCUCAUGGCCUUCAGCCCCAGCCUACCUCCGUCUCUGGAUAGAGAAGUCGAAGGGGAAAGGCAGGAGGCAGGAUUAAAUUAUCCUGGGCAGUGUUGA